AUGAGCAAGGAGCAGAGCAUGUCGCAAAUGCAAAAGGUCGCGAACGCCGAGUACUUCAAGGACGGCGGCGGACCUCUCUUUCCAGGCACCUUCGUCUCCUUGCCCCUGUCACGAUACCCGCGAAGCCCGUCCGAAUUCGCCCAAUACCAAUGGAGUCGCAUGCGCCACUGGCUCGUCGGCGCCGUCUCGAUCCUCAACUUCAAACUCAAGUCCAUGCCGAACUGGACAACGCGGCCGAAGUGGAAGGCCAGGCGCGGAAAGAUUGCGCCGACGGCCAAGGCCAUGUAUCGAGAGAUGCUGGAGGCCUUUGCCGCGGGAGACAAGGCAACACUGCAGAGGAUAUGCUUGAACGAGUUUGCGAAGAAGCUGGUCGCCGCCGUCGACCGGAGAGACCCCAAGGAGCGGGUCCGGUUCGAGCUCGUCAAGUACAACAACCCCCUCUUCUUCCCUCGCCUCCUGUCGCACCAGAUCCACCAGGUCAACCCGUUCGACAAGGUGCUGGUGACUGAGCAGGCCGUCGUCGCCAUCAACUCGACACAGCAGGCAUCCAGACAGAACAUCGCUACCGGCGAGACGGUGCCGGGGAGCGUGAAGCUCCAGGACAAGAUCGAGUACGUUGUCCUGUCGCGACAGGCCAACCAAAAGACUUUCGAAACCGGGCCGUGGCGGAUAUGGGGCACGACGUCGGCUACGACUCUGGCCAGCUACCUAGAAGAAAAGGCUGUCAUUGACCGGGAGCAGGCAAAGCGGGCAGGGUGGGACGAGACCGCAACGAAAUAA